AUGACCGGUACGAAGAUCGGCUCGCCCAUCUCGUGGGCCCGAGGAGAAUACGAACAGGGCAGGAGUGCAGCUCGCUGUGUCACCGACAUGUUGACGCACGUUUCAAACCCGGUUCUGGAGAGCUUGGAGGAUCUCCAAGGCUGCAGUGUCACUAUUGGAGGAUCAGCGCUCCACACCUGCGCAUACACCUCCAAUGGCGACCAUUCGAUCAAAGCAUGCGUCUUCCGCAAGGUCAAUGUUCAUGGAUCACAGGACAUUCACAAAAGGAACUGCCGGCAUCGGGUACCACCUGGACGUCAGCUAUGCAAGGAGGAUACCUGCUCCAAAGUCGAGGUAGGAGGCUGCCCAGCUGGAAAUAGCUCCGCCUUAUCCAUCGACAUCAGACUUCAAUCGACACAGAUCUGGGUACACAUACAUGCAAAGCGGGUAGUGACGGCAAAGAAGCAAUCUAGAAUGCAUCUACCGAGGAUCCAGGUCGACCACAUGGGUACCGACGUUGCUCUCUAUGUCAAUUUGUCAAUUGCCUCAUACUUCGUCAACGACGCAUACAGCUGGAACCCAAAGCUCACCGCUCCCAAUGUCCUGCGCCGAUUACAAGUUCUCGAGAUUGUGCUUAUUCCCAAUCGGAACAGCACAUACGUUCCGGAUACCCGCAUCGAACACGAUGUCGCCAGCUCACAUAGUAUUCAGAGCACCCCAGCGGCGGCUACCCACUACAGCUCAAUCUCAAGAACGCCAACCACGCAACUCGAUCACCAACCACCACGAGCCAGCUACAGAAUUCAAAAGCAACAAACACCGACCACCUCACAACCCGACAUCUCGAUAAAGUACCAGAUAACACCACCACCCUCCUCCAUCAUCGACCAACCAAAGCCACCAACGACGAACCGUCCCAAAACCACCGACCAAGUCAUACCGACACAUCCUCGCCAAACCAUACAUUAG